AUGUCCAAACCUCUGUCUCCGUUGACGACCUCGCGCCAGAAUUCGCGAGCCUUUUCGACGGGCUUUAAUGGAUUGGAAGUCGAGAUGACUGUGGCAGAUGAGUCUUUGGUGAAUGAGAGCGAAUCCGAGAAUAUCUUUCCGAGUCCGAAGAAAACGAUCGACGGCGCGAAUACAAAUACCCCCCAAAGUGGGCGCUAUUCACCUACGUAUCGCACGCAGGAUCCCAUUCUGGAUGUCGAAGUUCCUGAAUCUGUCGACGAACAGCCCAGCUCGCCGUUUCAGUACGAUGGUCGAGACGCUACAGUUGACUUUCGGAUGCUCGGGAACCGACAGGUGUCGGGUGGACUAAGCGAGUGCUCCAUGACUCCCAGAAAGCGCUCCUACAGUCAUUGUCCAGAAGACGAGGAUGCGAUGGAAAGAUCUAGUGAUAGAAGCAAAAAGGGACUGAGCCAACGGGACAUACCGGACAUUCAAGUCUACGCCGAUGAGGGGCCCCAAAUGCAUGAAAGAGAGAUCACAGGAGCAACUACACCCGAAAUUGCCAAUAGCACGGUAGAGGAAAAGUGCAAUGAGGGAAUGAGCACUGUCCUUGACGAACAUAAUGACUACGAUGAUUCUUUCUCCGAAAAGGAGAACUUGGAUGAUGCUAUGAAUGACGACACUCAUGAUCCCAUGGAUGACACAUGUUUCAGUACUUUCUCCGCCGUUCCUAACGCAGACAUGACAUCGUUCGCUAAACUGCGAGGGGACUCGCCAUUCAAGGCAGCUCGACUAUUACCCAGCAGCCCGGGAAGAACGGACGAAAAUCAAUCCCGAAGCCCUGCACCAGCUACCCCUGAUGUUUCCAGGAGAUCACAAAGGCAAUCCGCACUCAUCGACAUCGGCACUCCCAUCGCUUCUCCCACUCCCAAGAGGCGAGAACGCAGGGAAACGGGAAACGCAAGCGAAACGCCAAACUUGCUUGACCUAACAGAUCAGACAAACUUCUUUCCACGUCAACGCUAUAGUAUACAGAAGGAGCGAUAUUCGCCCUCACGACGUUCGCCGUUGAGGACUCUUCGAGAAUCCAUUCGAUCCCCUUCAAAGGUCUCACUGCUCGACUUUGACAUUCCUGCGAUUCCGACGCCUAGGUCUAUACCGACCGUCACCCCCCGGGAGUUGGAAUCUUUGAAAUCCGGGUUCCUCUCUGAGAUAUCCUCACUCAAAGCAACGCUGAGCGGGAAAGAGGCGGAAGUCUCCAGCCUGAAGAAUGCUGUUGCGGAUGCUGAACGGCGGGUUGGAGAAGCUCUAGAGGAAGUCCGUAACGAAGCUGCGGCAAAAGAGGCUCUUGAAAUUGAGCAAGCCGAAUGGCAGCGGCGCGGUCAAGAGAUGGAAGACGUCUUGCGAACUGUCAGGGCAGAUAUUGUUGAGGGUGAGCGGGAAAAGGAGCGGCUUAUGAGCAAGGUCGAAGAGGCGGAGAAAGGCCGGGAACAUCUGGAAAGGCGCAUGGUCGAGUUGGAGAGCCAGCUAUCGGCUGCGCGUAAGUCAGCUCCUAGUGAUACUUGCGACCACGGGAGUGCACAGUGCACGACCACUGCCGAGGAGACCGCAAGGGAAGUACAAGAUGCCGUCGAAAAGGUUGCGCGUGAGCUUCACACCUUGUACAAAAGCAAACAUGAAACCAAGGUUGCUGCUUUGAAGAAGAGCUACGAAGCCCGCUGGGAGAAGCGCGUGCGGGAAGCCGAGAACAAAUGCAAAGCUGUCAGCGAGGAGAAUGAGCGGCUGAAAAACGAGCGCGAUGCUGCUUUGUCGGGGACUUCCCGCCCUGAUGCUAGCAUCGUGGCCCAUCAGAAUGACGAGCACGAGGCAGAGAAACACGUUUUGGAGGCCCAAAUCAAGGGUCUGCAGCAAGAGAUGGCAACCCUCAAGCAGGACAACGAACGGUUGCAUGCCGAGUUGAAGGUAGAGAGAGCAGAAAAGGGAGAGCUCGUCGCCGCUGUGGAUGAAUGGCUGGCAAUUCAGCAGAACGCGCCACAGCCGUCCGGCGCCCCCGAGUCUCCCAUUGUGAGUGCGGAGUAUGAAACACCAGAGCCAGAGCCCGCCACGGUAGAGUCAACAGAAGAGUUCAGAAAAAGUAUCGGCCGCAGCGGCUCCAGUGGUAUCCGGCCUCCUAGCACAGGUUCUGGCAGCGGGGAGAAGAGGAUCCCUAGGAUUGGCGCACCAGCGGGCCGGCAUCUCAGAGGCCAUAGCGGAGGCAAGUCGGGCAUUGCCGUCUUUACUCCAGGUCGCGGUGUUGGCGGUAUUAUGGGUUCCAUAGAACGGAUGGGACGUGGUGGUGUCUAG